CCCUGAUUGGCUCUGUAGCGGAGGCGGUGGUUUAGGGGGCUGAGGAUUCUGUAAGCCGGACACGUGGUAGCGAACUACGAGGAGUUUGAGGGGUCUCAAAGCCAAAAGAAGUUGGGAGGUGUGCAGGAAGGAUAUCCAUUUGCUCCUGGGAAAAAGCAAAUUGCAGAGAAGUGCAUACAGUGUGGACCUAGAGGAGUCUCUUAGAAUGAAGCUGAAUCUUACCAAGGUAGUUAAUGGCUGUCGCCUAGGAAAAAUAAAAAGCCUGGGCAAAACAGGGGACCGCACCAUGGACAUUCCAGCCUGCCUUCUGUACACCAAGACCGGCUGUGCCCCACACCUGACCCAUCAGACACUGCAUACUAUCCACGGGCUUCCUGCCAUGGCUCAGCUUACACUGUCCUCGUUGGCAGAACACCAUGAAGUGUUAGCAGAAUAUAAGGAAGGGAUUGGAAAGUUUAUAGGCAUGCCAGAAUCGCUCUUGUACUGUUCCCUGCAUGAUCCAGUCAGCCCCUGCCCAGCCGGUUAUGUAACGAACAAGUCUGUGUCCGUGUGGGGUCUUGGGGGACGAGUGGAAAUGACGGCUUCCAAGUUCAUGGCAAUUCAGCAGGCCCUUCAGCCAGACUGGUUCCAGUGUCUCUCAGAUGGAGAGGCAUCUUUCGAGGAAGCAACUUCCAUAAGAAGAGCCAGAAAGUCUGUUGAUCGGUCGCUUCUGUUCCUGGAUAAUUGUCUACGACUACAGGAAGAGUCAGAGGUCCUUCAGAAAAGUACCAUCAUCGGAGUGAUUGAAGGUGGAGACGUGAUGGAGGAGAGGCUGAGGUCAGCACGAGAGACAGCCAAGCGGCCCGUAGGUGGCUUCCUUCUGGAUGGCUUUCAAGGGAAUCCAGCCACCCUGGAAACUAGACUGUACUUGCUGUCAUCAGUCACUGCAGAGCUGCCGGAGGACAAACCAAGGCUCAUCUGCGGAGUCAGCCGGCCAGAUGAGGUGCUCGAGUGUAUUGAAAGGGGAGUGGACUUAUUUGAGAGUUUUUUCCCUUAUCAAGUGACAGAGCGGGGAUGUGCCCUGACGUUCAGCUUUGAUUACCAGCCGAACCCUGAAGAGACAUUAUUACAACAAAAUGGGACACAGGAAGAAAUAAAAUAUGUGGCUCACGCAAAGAAAAUUAAAACGACCAGUUACAACCAAGAAAUGACGUCAUUUGAAAUUAAUCUGAAGGAAAAAAAGUACCAGGAGGACUUUGAUCCGCUUGUGAGAGGGUGUUCCUGUUACUGCUGUAAGAAUCAUACUCGUGCGUACAUCCACCAUCUGCUGGUGACCAACGAGCUGUUGGCUGGGGUCCUGCUCAUGAUGCACAACUUUGAACACUAUUUUGGAUUUUUCCACUCCAUCCGGGAAGCACUAAAAAGCGACAGACUGGCACAGUUGAAAGAGCUGAUCCGCAGGCAAGCAUCUUGAGACCUGGCAUACGCGAGUCUGACUCUUCACGCUGAGCCUGUCCCGCUGUUGGAAUGUGGGAAGAAGAGAACAAGAAAUGAUCUUUGCUUUAAUCAUUUAUCUUCGAGGAUAAGGUCUGCUCAUAAAUAAGGAACGUUUGAACAAACUCUGCCGACUUGAGGCUAAAGAGAUUUCUUCUAAAGACUUAAGUGACCCCGACUGAUCAGAAAGAAUUGAACCAUGACCCUUAAUAUUUCUGUGCUAACUCUUCUAGUCAGUGGAGCUUCGUUUAGUCAAAGACAAAAGCUUGUGAAGGGACAGCCUUGAAGCGGGUUGAUGAGGUUGUGUGGGUUCGUGGAGCUGGAUCAGAGCUUGAAGAGAUGCUGGGUCACAAGCAGCAUGACUUCUGUAGACACAUGACUGUUGACUGCAAAAGGAAGCUGGCUGAUUUAAGAGUUUCCUAGUUUUAAUCCUCACAUUCUCAGGAGCCGCUUGGACACUUCUGCCUUCCAAGCUGUCUCACCGCUGCGGUCAGUCAGAAAAGGCUCUUGUGACUUGACUAGACUCGCAUCUUCCUGGAAUGUGGGGCUCACGCAUUGCUCCUGGAAUCACUUGGCCCAGGGCACACGCCUUCAUUUGACCACAUGAUCUUCGUGUGACUUGUUUCCCGAGAGCCCGUGCAGUUGCCUGUUAGGAGCCGAAAGUUCGCUAGAUGCUUUCGUCUGCUGAUGCAGAUCCGCAGUGGUCUGCCCUUCAGGCUCAUUCAUAGUCUAACCACAUAGGAACUGUAGCCCCAUCACUUGGGGGGAUUCAUUCACCAUGUGUUCACUAGGACGAGCCCUGGCCUGGCAAUUGGAAGCCUGGGUUACAGUUCUACUCAGUGACACCAGGCAAAUCACUUAGCCCCUCCAUGCCUGUUUGCUCCUCAGCAAACAGGGACAGGCAUGGGGGUAGAACUACAGGAACUUCCAAGAUUCUAGCUAGCUGUAACGUUGGGGGACCAAAAAGUUUUAGACUACAGUCGUAGCCAUCUUGUAUCCUUGUUUACUGAUCUCUGUUGGCCUGGUGAAAAAUGCAGUGGUGCCGGGAAUCAGGCAACAGUGGAGAUAGUUGAGAGCCUAGGAAGAGGUUUGGCCUGUGACUUUUGAUGUGGUUGGUGAGUUGGCAUCAGCAGAUCCUGAGGCCAGGAAGGCCUUCCUGGAUCAUCCCUGAUUCUAUGAGUUUUUUCUGCUUUCACCAAAGGAGUGCCAUUCGUGUUGAUGGUGUGACAGGUGAUUUUUUUUUUCCUUUGGGCUUUUCCGUAUUUGUCAUGUUUUCUGUAAGAAUAUAUACACACAUAGUUUUUGUAAAAACAACCAACAAAACCAAAAAAAUGCCUUUGUUUUUGUAGGAGCGUGGAAUAUAUUUGUUUUACAUUCUUGGGCUAUAUUUUGCUAUUUUUUCAUUUCAGUGGGCAUUACUGAACAUUGUUUUAAAUUAUUAUGUGGUUACUAUACUUUUAUGUGUUAGGUAUCUGUAUGUUUUUCUUUUAUUGUUGAUUUAAGAAUGUCCGUGACAUUCCUAUAAUCUCUCCUCCAUGAAUCGCAAGGGUAGUUGUGAGAGAUUUUCUGCUCUCAAGGAUCUGCUUACUUUGAAAUAUAUUGGACUAGACUUGCUCAUAUGUUUAUAUUCCUGUUCAAUGCCAAAUCCAUUGUUGGAGGAGUAUUAAUAUCCCAGAAUCCAUAUAAAAUUUAUGAGUUUUAUUUAUGUUCAAAACACUGAAUAUUCUGCUCUGCAUUGUUCAUUUUUCUGGGUCUUUUUCUUAUUAGCACAUUUGAAAAAAAAAAUUUUUUUCCGUUAAUGUAAGUCUAUUAAAGUCAAUAGCCAAUAAACAUUUUUAAUUAAAAAAAUACUAUCUUAUUUCCUGUAAAUAGUAGUGAGUCUAUUAAGCAAAGUAUUAAAUUUCCAUGAUACUGGAAAUGUUCUCCUUUGGAAAGGAAUUUUUUUCUACAUUUAUUUCAUCUCUGGUCAUUGUUUUAAGUGCACUCACACUAAAUGCAGAAUCCAAGGAGAUUCAGCAAUGUAUCUGUUUAAAUUAUAUGAUUAGAGGCCGUAAGGCCAUGGUAGUACAUAAUAAAAAUAAUAAUAACCAUAACCUAUGGAGAGCAUUUUUAACGUAUCAGGCACCUGAGUAAAUACUUUCUUCAUACAUCUCGACCCUUAGAGCAUGGCAAGAGGUGUUGCUAUUAUUCCUCUGUUAAGAACUGGGUUUCAGGAAGGCUGAGUAGCCUGCCUGAGGGCGUACCAGGAAUUUCUGGAAGGUUCAGUAGUUUGCCUAAGGGCCUACCACUCAGCUCCCAAGUUAAACUUCAGCUGCGUCUGACUAAAACUGUGCAGUUAAGCGUUGCACUAAAUAGCUUCUUGUGACUUGCCCCUGGCUUGAAGGGGCCAAGAGAAGGGAGAGAACUGGAAGGGCCACGUGACCCUGAGGCGUAGGGAGCUUCUGGAGCCUCACUGCAGUGUGGCCCGGCUCCCACUCCUGCCAUGGAGAAGGCGCUGGCCUGGCUCGCCCCCCGUCCCGUGCAGGCCCCUGGAGGUGCUCCACAGGAGGUGCCAUUCCGCGUCCCCCACUUCCUCCCGCCCCCAGUCUGAGGACCAUAAUCCCACCCUGAACGCUGUGGGAAGGUUAGGGUCUGCAGUCAGUUCAAGCGGACUCAGGGAAUCCGUGGGAAUCUGACGUGUCCUAAGUGCCUUGGAGGAGCGCUACUCUAUUCUUCUCUGGGAGUAAAGGGAAAAGAUUCUUCUAAAAUACUUUUUAAGCCGAAUACUUGUGUAAUUAAAGCAUUUUAAUAAAAACCUCAAACAAAG